CAAAGGAGGUCACAGACUUCUUCCGCACCAUCGAAGACGCGAAUCGAGCUGCUGCUACCAGCAGAGGUGAGCCUUCGCCCUUCGCGACGCCCGUUCGGAGAAGCUCCGAGCCUCCGUUCAGGAUCGUGCAUAUUGCUCCGACCGAAGGGACAGGCUUGCUGUUCCAAUCAUAAGACUCGGGACCUUUCCUCGCCGGGACCAGCCGGUGCCGCACACGGGAGGCCGACGUUGAAGUGACUCCGGCUCAGAACAGCUGAAGACGCCGAAUCUCACCCUCUCGCUCACCCUCUCACGCGCAAUGGACGACUCACGCCUCAACCCGGUGGGCCGUAGCAUUGCCGACCAGCGAGACCGCGACAGACGCAUCAAGGACGCGCAGGACCUCGCGCAAACUAUCGCGCGCAAUGCCGAGCGAACAGGCGCAGCUCUCCCGCCGUACGAGUUCUUAGAACUGAUCGGUAAAGGCGCUUUUGGCAAGGUCUACAAGUGUCUGGACAGACAAACCAAAAAUCUCGUCGCAGUGAAGAUCAUCGAUAUUGACGAGCAGGACUGGUCGGAGGACUUCUCGCUAGGAGACGCGCGCGACGCGACCAUCAACGACUUCAAGAAGGAGGUCAGCAUCCUACGGCAGUUGAAGGACAACAACGCCAAGAACAUCAACCUCAUCCACGAUGCCUUUGACUGGCACUCACAACUGUGGAUUGUGGCGGACUACUGCACUGGUGGCAGUGUGAGAACCCUCAUGCGUCCGUUUGAGAAGAAUGGCAGGCCGAUCGGACUUCCAGAGCAGUACAUCGUUCCUAUUGCACGAGAGCUGGCCAUUGCGAUGAAGUCAAUGCAUGAUUUGAACACUUUGCAUCGCGACAUCAAGUGCGCCAACGUGUACAUCACCGAGGACGGAGACAUUCAACUUGGGGACUUUGGCAUCGUGGGUGUCAUUGACCACGACCACGAGAAGCGUAAGACCGUCGUUGGCACACCGCAUUGGAUGCCUCGUGAGAUCGUUGAGCGCCUGGGGGACAAAGAGACCAAAGAAGGGUACGGAUACGAGGUUGACGUCUGGUCCUUUGGUUGCACUGUGUACGAGAUGGCCACGGGCUCACCACCUUAUGCUACCAAGGGCAUCCAAUUCCUCACUGAGCUGCUGGAAGAGUCGCCACCGCGCCUGGAGGGCAAUGAAUACUCCGCGGAACUACGCGACUUUGUGGCGUUCUGCCUCAACCCAGACAAGAAGGCACGACCAAGCGCAAGCGCAAUUCUCAACCACCCAUACAUCAAGGAUACCAGCCGAAUCUACCCAACGCGCACACUGGUUCGGUUGAUAGAGAGAUUCAAGAUCUGGGAGCAUGGUGGAGGCUCGCGUCUCUCACUGUGGCAGGCGUCUCCUGCAGACUCACGCAAUCUCCGCUUGGGUGAUGAUGAUGAGGUCGAGAAUGACGAAGAAGAGCAAGAUGAUUGGAACUUUAGUACAUCCGAGGACUUUGAUCAAGAACUGGGGCGUCGUCUUAGCCAGUUGCCGCCUGGUGCUGUUCUCGAAGGCUGGAACUUCGACUCUCCCGCAACUUCGAGCUUACCUCCAUUGCAACCGCAACCGUUGCAGACCAAAGCUCUCACGGUAGCGGAGCGCAUCAAGCAAGAACACAGCGAAAAGUCCGCAAGUCGUGGUGAGAAGUCGCUGAACAAAGUCUUCGACCCAAACGAUCCCACAGGCUACCAGCUCGCCACCCCAAUCGAACCGCCGCAACCACCAGAACCGGAGGCGCCAUCCGAUCUUCCAUUGCGUGCUUACGAGUCAAGCUCGACGAGCAGAGAGAGCGUGGUCGUGAUGUUGGAUCUUGACGACGCGAUCACACCAGCGACGUCCUCGCUAGCCAUGCGUAUGGCUGCUAUCAAUGAGGACACCAUCAGACCAACAGGUCGGCAUGCGCACGAUGAUGACGACGACGACGACGACGACGGAUACCAAUACGGGCGGCUAAGUGUAAGCGACAAGCGCGACACAAGAGCUUGGACUUUUGAUAGCGCCCAGCCACGCACACAACGCGACACGAGAGACUGGACAUUCGAGACUGCUCUACCUUUGCAGCCUCCUCUGCCAACGUUGUCGCGACAGCCGGAGCGAGAGACAAUAUCUUGGUCCUUCGAGACUGCAGGGUUGGCCGCUCCAGAAUUGCUUGACGACUCAUACGACGUUGCAUCUGGUGGCAACGAUGCUUGCUUAGCACCAACCCGUCCCCAGCUGCAACACACUGCCACUGAGCCAAUCAGACACUUCAGAGGCCUCUCUAGUAGCUCAGUUCCCAACAGAGAGUCAGUGACAUCGCUGAUUGAUCUUGACGCCGGUUUGGCAGAGCGAGUACGUGCUGGCAACGAAAUCCUACGACCAGGCACAGCGAGCUCCCAUAUGACGGAUGCGACCUCUGGCAAUCCAUUUGACUUGGAAGACGACCCAGAACAGAAGGAGCUCGACAGAAACAGAUUUUCGUACCACAAGCCCUACGCUUCCGAAGGCGGCAUGGUCAAGCGGCUGAGUCACAAGACCAUGCCCAUGCAUGCACGCGGCACCAGUUUGUCAAGCACAGAACCUGACCUUGACCCAGGAAGACCAGCAGUUGGUGGAUAUUCGGCACCACCCUCUGCAAUGUCGCAGCCUGACUUGAGCUUUAGUACGCUUGAGCAGGGCUUGGGCCUGGCGACGGUCGAAACAGAUAACAACCAAUGGCCGAGCUUCUCGGACAACGAUAGUUUCACCGAUAUGCCUCAGUACCUGCCCGCGAGCGCCGAUGAUACACACAUGCCGAGAUUGGGUCAAGGCUUCUCGACUGAACACAGAUUACACGCUAGUGGCACAAGCGUAUCCUCACGUUCUCGCGAGCCAAGCAAUGAACCGCCAGGACCUGAAGUCGACUUUCCAAGCUUACAGCCACCUCACCCAGACGUCCUCGCAGAGUCGGCCGAUGAUCAGAUACUCGAAGCCGAGUUGGGACGUAUGUUGAGUGAUUGUGAUUAUGCUCUAUCAAGUAUGUCAAGAGUGUUGCAUCAACAUGCUAGCAUCGAGGCCGACGACGACGAGAUUAGCUCAGACUUUGACAGCAGCUUUGAAAGUCGUCACCAGGACACCGAGGAUGAAGAUAUUGAUCAUCUCACUGCUCGGCGCAAGCCACGCAAGCUGGAGAUGCGUUCAUCGCCACGGUUGCCCACGGACUGACUUGGCACUUCCGACGAGAUAUGUGUCAUCACGGUGGCGCCGUUCCGAUGUACCAGGUAGGUAUGACAUGAUCACAGCAAAGCGGUUCAUGGACCAGUGCCCUUCUUCUUCUUCUUUAUUCAAUGGACUGCCGUAGCUGGACAAGGAGGGAUAAAUGACCGUGCAUGGCAUUCUUGUUUGCAACGAACAUGGAGUGUGAGCGCCAAGGGAUGGCUCGCAGACUACAGUACCGACAGAUACCAGGUAGCAUUACGAACGACUAAGCAGUCACAGGAAAGAACGUGUAAUCCUUUCAAGAAUUCC